AUGUCUCAAUACAGAACUCGGUCCGUUAACGUACCCAAUACUUUAGAGCAUCGUAUUUAUAUUGAGGAUAUUAAUAACGGUGUUGUAGUUUCACCUUUCCAUGAUAUUCCUUUGUUUGCAAAUGAAAAUAAAACUCUCUUGAAUUUCAUUGAUGAACCUUUUAAUCCAAUAAAACAAGAUGUUAAAAAAGGAAAACUUCGCUAUGUUCGUAAUUGUUUUCCACAUCACGGUUACAUCUGGAAUUAUGGGGCAUUUCCUCAAACGUGGGAAGAUCCAUCUCAAACUCACCCUGAAACUAAGGCCAGAGGUGAUAAUGAUCCAUUAGAUGUUUGUGAAAUUGGCGAACAAGUUGGAUAUACCGGUCAAGUUAAACAAGUCAAAGUGCUUGGAAUUAUGGCACUUUUAGAUGAGGAUGUUGAAAAACAUUUGCCUGGAUUACUUCGUGCCAGUAAUGAAUGGUUCCGUAUUUAUAAAAUUCCUGAUGGUAAACCAGAAAAUCAAUUUGCUUUUAGUGGUGAAGCUAAAAAUAAGAAAUAUGCUACCGAAAUCAUUCAUGAAACUCAUGAGGCUUGGCGUAAAUUAAUUUCUGCAGUAUUUGGAACUCCCGGUCAUGUAUCAGUUGAUGAUCCUUUAUUCCAAUCUAUUCCUCGUGAAUCACACACAGAACCUGCACCAGUUGAUGCUUCGAUUCAUAAAUGGUUCUUUAUAUCUGGUACAUCUAAUCUAUAA